CUCUGCUGCGACUCCGGCAAGACACUCAGAAAAAUAAAGAGGCCCUGGGCCUCCUAGGCAAGAACUUGGAAAGGGCAACUUACCCAGCCGAGAGUCAAUCUUAGUCUAGCAGAUGUGGGGGAGAGGGGUGUUUUCCCACCAAGCGGCCCUGGGACAGUGGGGAAAACUCAAUCCCCCCUCGGUGGAACCUCCAGAUGGUUCGUUCGCUUCUCAAAGCUUGGAGCAGAACGGUUGGCGGUGGCGCAGCGAGCGGUCGUCCAGCUGCCAUCUUGCCGAGCAGACCUACUGAGAGAGCUCGAAGACACCUUCGAAAUGGAUCGUCCCCUCAACUUUGAGCACGAGGACUCCAGCUACCAGAGCCUAGGAGUUGGUGCUUACUUGGAAGAAGCCAAAGAAGCCAAGCCUCCUGAGAUCAAUGUAGGGGCAGGAGGCGAUGGUGGUGAUCAAAUCUGGCCUAAACCCGAUUUGGGAGUAGCUGCGGGAGAGGGCAGCGCUUUUGGUUUCGUAGAUGUCGGUGCGGGAGCACCUGGCACCAAGACCGAUGAGGAAAACAAGGGCUAUGGUGUGCAGGACCAGGACCAGCCAGCCCUCGAGGCUGCGGCCGGGAUGCCGCAACUCGAGGAUGAUGCUAAUCUCCACAUGAUCUGCAGCACCUUCAGCAGGCUGCAGCUUAGCGAGCUGGAACGCAUUUUCCAGCGCACUCAGUUCCCCGACGUGUUUGUGCGGAAGGAGCUCGGAAUACCGGUGAAUGUUGAAGCCAGCGCCGAGCCCUGUGAACCUGAAGAUGAAGUGUCCAAGUAGUCUCUCUAAAACCCGCAAAAAGAUUUUCACAUUUUUCUCCUAGUUAUCCUUAUAUUAAUUGACUACCUGCCCCAUGUUUGUGAAAUUAGUAAAAUUUAGGAGGAGUAGGAAAUGGAAUAAGCAAAUUUCAUCAUAUUUCGUUACCUAGCCAAUAUUUGUCAAUUAAAAUUUAAAAUUGGCAUUUGGGGUAAUAAAAAUGGAAUAAACAUCAAAUGGGAAUCUCACAAAAAGAAUAGUAACUUGCUAAUGGAAAAAAGAAAAGGA